AUGUCUUCACCCCAGCAUGGGCAAUUGGAUAUGAAUUUAAACUUGCUCAAAUUUGGGAUUGAAGAAAAUAAUUUUGUGAUGUUUGUUGCAGACUCGGGGUUGAAUGCUGUCGGUGAUGGUGAUGGUGAUAAUGCUCAAGGCACAUCAAAAGUUAGGAAUGGGCGAGAGCAAUUGGGCACCAAAUUUGCUACUUUUCUUCGAGUCAAGGAGUCUACAAGGCAACGGAAGCGGAAGCGGAAGCGGAGGGAAAUUACUGCUCAAGGCGGCACCUAUGAAACGCAGGUCGAGAGGGAAAUUACUACUUCCGUAGAAGUCCAAGAGUGUAGGCACCGGGUCAAAGAGUAUAGGCAGCAUCUUGGAUUAAAUCUGGGUUCAAAAUCUGGGUCUCUGACCUCUCUCCGCCUCCCCCUUCUCCUGCUCCGCCCUCACCCUCUCACCGUCAAGACAGACGACUUGUCGUCGCUCAAUGUGGGAUUGCCGGGCGCGCAGAGGUCUAGGGUUAACACGUGGCAUAAUGUGCAGGUCAGUAUGCAGAAAAAGACUAAGGCUUUGGUCGCCCAGCGGCAGGGUACGCCGCCGCUCGAGCCUUUCCCGUCGCUCGUCGUCACCGCCGAUGGGUUUCGGGCAAAGGGCAGCUUCGCUGAGGCCCAGGCGAGGUGCUUGUUUCCCGAUGAAUCGAAGGUUGAGGAACUUGUUAAUGUGUUGAAGGAAAAGAAAAUUGGGGUUGUUGCACAUUUUUGCAUGGACCCAGAGUUUCAAGGUAUUUUAACUGCUGCACAGAAACACUGGCCUCACAUCCAUAUAUCUGAUUCAUUGGUCAUGGCGGAUUCCGCUAUGACUCUGGCGAAAGCUGGUUGCGAAUACAUUACAGUCUUGGGUGUUGAUUUUAUGUCGGAAAAUGUCCGGGCUGUACUUGAUCAGGCUGGCUUUGAAAAGGUUGGUGUGUACAGGAUGUCAAACGAACGUCUUGGUUGUUCGUUGGCAGAUGCUGCAUCUAGUCCUUCGUACAUGAGCUAUCUUGAGGCAGCUUCUAGGUCUCCACAUUCGUUGCAUGUUGUCUACAUUAAUACUUCUCUAGAAACAAAAGCAACAUGUAAUUGCUCGCUCCAGACUCGAAGAUGCCGAUGCGGAAAUGCCUCUUCAAAUGUUGUCCAAACCAUUUUGCAGGCUUUUGUUCAAGUGCCAGAUGCAAACAUAUGGUACGGGCCUGAUUCCUACAUGGGUGCAAAUAUUAGAGAAUUACUCCAGCAGAUGACUAAGAUGACUGAUGAAGCAAUUGCUGAGAUACAUCCAGAACAUAAUAGAGACUCAAUCAGAUCUUUGCUACCUCGCCUACAUUAUUUUCAGGACGGGACAUGCAUAGUGCAUCAUUUAUUUGGAAAUGAAGUUGUCGACAGGAUAAAAGAAAUGUACCGUGAUGCAUAUCUAACUGCCCAUUUUGAGGUCCCAGGAGAGAUGUUCUCAUUGGCAAUGGAAGCAAAGAGAAGAGGAAUGGGGGUUGUGGGUUCUACCAAGAACAUACUAGAUUUUAUAAAACAGAGGAUUCAAGAGGCUUUGGAUAGAAAUGUCAAUGAGCAGCUUCAGUUUGUGUUGGGAACAGAAUCCGGAAUGGUGACUUCAAUUGUUGCAGCAGUUCGUAGUUUGUUAGGUUCUGCAAGAUCUGGAGGAGCAGAAAUUAAUGUAGAAAUUGUAUUUCCAGUUUCAUCAGACUCAGUAACAGCAUCAAGUUCUUCCCCAGGCCUUAACUCUGUAAAACUAGGCGAUGUCAUACUACCUGUUAUACCUGGAGUUUCCAGUGGGGAGAGAUGUUCCAUUAACGGUAGCUGUGCAUCCUGCCCAUACAUGAAGAUGAAUUCUCUCACCUCCCUCCUGAAAGUUUGCCACCACCUGCCUGCCGGGACGAAUAAUACCCUUUCCGCAUAUGAGGCCAGCCAAUUCAAACUUCAAACUCCCAAUGGGAAGUCAAUAGCGGAUGUUGGGUGCGAACCAAUACUGCACAUGAGGCACUUCCAGGCCUCUAAAAAGCUGCCGGAGAAGCUUAUUUCCCAGAUCAUUCGUCCAUCUGGUGACGGAAACUCGGUGUUGUUAAAUAAAGUGAAAGCUUAA